AUGAAAUCUAUUGUUAAAACAUGGAAAUCGAAGCCAGGCGAGGUCGGGGCAGCUGUGAAAGCCGCUAUCAGAGCGGGAUACAAGCAUAUUGACUGUGCUCACUUAUAUGGGAAUGAAGCAGAAGUUGGUCAGGCUUUGACAGAGGUUCUGAAGGAACUUGGCUUGAAGCGAGAGGAUAUCUUUAUCACAUCCAAACUUUGGAGUAAUGGCCAUGAGGAUGUCCUAGCCAGUUGUCAAACAACCAUGAAAAACUUGCAACUUGAAUACCUGGAUUUAUACUUGGUGCAUCACCCAUGCACAUAUGCAAACGGCAUGUUCUAUCCCCACAAACCAGAAGAUAAAAAGAAUAUUCUUGGAUAUGACAAGGAACGAAUGAGCAGAACUUGGAAGGCAAUGGAGGAAUUGGUAAAGAAAGGUCUUUGCAAAGCAAUUGGUAUCUCAAAUUUCACAACGGUAAAAGUUAAGGCGCUUUUGGAAACGGCCGAGAUUAUUCCAGCCACAAACCAAGUUGAACUCCAUCCAUUCCUUCCUCAGCCCGCUUUGAAGAAAUAUUGCGAAAAAAAAGGAAUUAUCCUCACGGCGUAUUCUUCUCUCGGUUCACGUGAUCGACCCAAAGUUGACGAGACCGACCCUAUCCUCAUGGAUGAACCGCUGGUCAAAGAGAUUGCUGUGAAACGUAACUGUAGCCCAGCACAGGUUUUACUUGCCUGGGGUAUCAAAUAUGGCUGCCCUGUUCUACCCAAGUCGGUCAACGAAGGUCGUAUUAAACAAAACCUGGAAACAUACAACGUGAGAUUGGAGGAUGAAGAUAUGGUUGCUCUGGCAAAUGUUGGCAAGAAGUUUAGGUAUCUGAAAAUGAAAAUAUUUUACCUGGAGGGCGAGACGCCAGAGCAGCAUUGGGACGGAGAGCAGUAAGGAACUACUGAGCGCGUGCGCAGGAUAUAUACGAAAUCAUUGAGAAGUCAAAAUUCAAAAAUAGGUUGAUUUUAGAUUUGUGUAGCGACACUAACGUGAUCUGGCGAUUUUUAUUAUGAAUAACUAUCAUCUUCCAAUGUAUCGGCAUGAGUAGACCUGUCAGUAUGAAGUCAAACGUAAUAUUACAGGAAAUUUGAUUGGCUUGUUAUUCAAAGGCAUUACCUACACAACAUCCUAUUUGUUGGAGUGGUAACGACCAAACUGAGUUACUUAUAGCACUACACUCAAUUU